CUCAAGCCGAGGGUCCAUGCUGUGGAGGUGUCAUGGCCAAGUCAUACCUGCUGCUGUGGCUGCUGCUGCCACCCACACUCUGUGGCUUAGGUUCUGAAGCCGUAGGGACCACCUCAUCCCAGGCCUGUGCCCAGGGCCCUGAGUUUUGGUGCCAAAGCCUGGAGCAAGCAUUGCAGUGCAGAGCUCUGGGGCACUGCCUACAGGAGGUCUGGGGACAUGCGGGCGCCGAUGACCUGUGCCAGGAAUGCAACGACAUCAUCAACAUCCUCACCAAAAUGACCAAGGAGGCCAUUUUCCAGGACACAGUGCGGAAGUUUCUGGAGAAUGAGUGCGACGUCCUCCCCUUGAAGCUGCUGGUGCCCCGUUGCCACCACGUACUCGACGUCUACUUCCCGCUGGUCAUCGACUACUUACAAAGCCAGAUAAACCCAAAGGCUAUCUGCGAGCACCUGGGCUUGUGUAAACCUGGGCGACCGGAGCCAGGGCUGGAGCCAGGGCUGGAGCCAGGGCUGGAGCCGGAGCUGCCGGACCCUCUGCUGCACAGGCUGGUCCUCCCCGUGCUGCCCAGGGCCCUCCAGGAGCGGCCUGGGCCUCAGACACAGGACUUCUCUGACCAGCAGUUCCCCAUCCCCCUCCCCAUCUGCUGGCUCUGCAGGACUCUGCUCAGUCGGAUCCAAGCUGUGAUUCCCAAGGGUGCACUGGCUCCAGUUGUGGCACAGGUGUGCCAUGUGGUGCCCCUGGUAGCAGGCGGCAUCUGCCAGUGCCUGGCCGAGCGCUACACUGUCAUCCUGUUGGACGUGCUACUGAGCCGCAUGCUGCCCCAGCUGGUCUGCGGCCUUAUCCUGCAGUGCUCCAUGGAGAAUGGCGCUGGCCCAGGCCUCUCUACUCUGCAGUCUCUGCCAGGAGAAUGGAUACUGCAAGACUCCAAGUGCCAGCUCUGCGUGUCUGUGGCCACCCAGGCAGGGAACAGCAGUGAGCAGGCCUUGCCACAGGCGAUAAGCCAGGCUUGCCUCGGCUUCCAGAAGGACAGGCAAAAGUGUGAGCAGUUUGCGGAACGACACUCAGUGCAGCUGCAGAGCCUGAUGUCCAGGGGCUGGGACGCCCGCACCACCUGCCAGGCCCUGGGGGAGUGUGCAGCCACAUUCAGUCCUCUCCAGUGUGUCCAGGGGCCCCGCUUCUGACGAGAACGCAGAGCUGUGCCAGGUCCGCAGGAUACGAUGCCAAAGGCGGGAGCCAAGUAAGGACUGGGGAGGCCAUCUGCAGGACUCCAGAGCGCGCCCACAUGACAAGGCUCCUCCUCAGGCUCCCUCCCCCCUGAAGAGAGGUCUUCACUGCCACAUUCACAACCUUUUCUCAAAAGGACUGUAAGGCCCUGACUGGUGUGGCUCCGUGGUUUGGGCAUCGUCCCACAAAAUGAAAGGUCGCUGGUUUAACUCCCAGUCAGCGCAUAUGCCUGGGUUAAGGGCCAGGUCCCAGGUUGGGGGUAUGGGAGAGGCAACCAACUGAUGUUUCUCUCCCUUUCUUCCUCCCUCUCCCUCUCUCUAAAAACAAAUAAAAUCUUAAAAAAAAAACCAACCCUGG